AUGACCCCCCCACCACCCGACUCAUUGACAACCUGGUUCCUGGACGCCAAGCGCUCGCUGAACUCAGUAUCGCUGUGCACGCGCGCUCACGUACUGGUGGACUCAGCGCGCGCCGCGCUGCAGGAGGCGUCGAUUGUCGCGUCGCGCUGCGGCUUCCUCCGCACCGCGCUGCAGGAGCAGCUUACCAUCGCUGAUCAGAUCAAUCGUAUGGUACAUACUACGAAGGAUGGCGCGAGGGAGGAGUUUGAGAAAACACUGACGGAUCUCGACAACGCCGAUAUCCGGCUCAACCAGACGCUCGAGCUCCUGCGGAAUUCGGUCGUCGACCCCGCUUUUACCGUUUCUGGGUCGUCGAAUGCACAGGCACAGGCACAGCCCCAACAACGGAAGGUGAAGCGGCGGGAUAGGGAGGAGACGGAGCAGGAGGAGCAGGAGGAGCAGGAGCAGGAUGGGGAUGGGGACGGGGACAAGAAGGAGCAGGGCGAGAGCGAUUAUGGCGGCGGCAGUGAGAGUAGUAUCGCUACCGCUAGGAUGCGCACGCUACAUGAUUUCGUCGAGGACGGGGGUAUAGAGAAUCUCAAGACGCGGCUGCGACACUCUAUAGACUACGUGCAGGAAUCCCAUGACGCCCUAAGCUCGUCCAUCGGCAUGUUCGACGAAUCCCUGCAGUCACUGAGCAGCUCGCUCUCCUCGCUCGCCGACCCCACCCCGCACACGGAGCCUCUGCACCCCCCACUCCACGCGCUCGAAGAGCACACCGAGGCGAUGGCGUCGCUUCUCGAGAGUCUAACGCAACACUACGACCGGUGUUCGCAGGCGCUGAAAGCAACCGAGUCAGGCACUUCCGUCGAUCCGGACCUGAUGCUAGUCCUUUCACGGGACGCGGCGGAGGUCGACGACGUCGUGCACGAGCUCAAGGAGCGGCUGGCGGAGAUGGAAACGAUCUACUACAGCAUCUCGUCGAGCAUCGAGGAGCUGCGCCGCCUCGAGCGCGACACCGUCGCCGUGUUUGCCGCGUUCGAAGAGUUCCAGACAGAACUCGCCAUUUGCAUGGACGGCCUCAGGGAGUUCGAAAUGCGCCAAGCAGAGCUGAAGUUGGAUAUGCAGAGUAGACUGUCCGAGCUCUGGGAGCUGGGCGAGUUCUAUGAGGGCUUCGUGGGCGCGUAUGAUGCGAUGGUCGUCGAAGUCGGCAGGCGAAAGGGCCUUGCUGUCAGGAUGGAGGCCGUCGUUAAAGAGGCCCAGAAGAAGCUGCGGGCUCUGUACGAUGAGGACAUGCAAGACCGCGAAAUCUUCACGGAGGAGUACGGUCAAUGGCUGCCUGUAGAUCUGUGGCCCGGCUUUCGGGAUCCGCCUGCACGCUGGGUCAUAGAGAAGGAUCUGCAGGGCGGCACUGAGCUGCCAAAGCUGGGGAAGGACGUGAUUGAACGUGCGCUGCGGAGGAGGACGCCGGUACCUUAG